GCGGCGAGAUGGCGGCCACGGCGGGCAGAGCGCUGCCGCUGCUCCUCUGCGGCCGCCGCCCCGCCGCGCUCACCGCCGCCACCGGUCGCUUCCCGGCGCUGGGCCGCCGCCGCCAGCAGCAGCAGCAGCGACACCGGACGGUGCAUCAGCGGCUGUCUCCUUGGCAGAGCGUGCGAGUGGUGUAUUGCAGUACCGUAGUGCCCUCUGAUGAAGUGACAGUGGUUUACCAAAACGGGUUACCUGUGAUUUCCGUGAGUCUUCCGUCGCGACGCGAGCGCUGCCAGUUCACCCUGAAACCUAUCUCGGACUCUGUCGGGGUGUUCUUACAACAGCUGCAGGCAGAGGACCGAGGAAUUGAUCGGGUUGCAAUCUACUCAGCAGAUGGCACGCGCGUCGCCUCCUCCACAGGCAUAGACCUGCUGCUGCUGGAUGACUUCAAGCUGAUCAUUAAUGAUGUCACAUACCAUGUUAGACCACCAAAGAGAGAGCUCUUAAGCCAUGAAAAUGCAACGACGCUGAAUGAUGUGAAGACGUUGGUUCAGCAGUUGUACACAGCCUUGAGCAUCGAGGAGCACCAGCUGAACAAAGAGAAAGAGCUGAUAGGGAGACUAGAGGAGCUGAAGGAGCAACUAGCACCACUAGAAAAAGUAAGGAUGGAGCUCAGCAGGAAAGCAGAGAAGAGGACAACCCUGGUGUUGUGGGGAGGCCUGGCCUACAUGGCCACUCAGUUUGGGAUUCUGGCCCGCCUCACCUGGUGGGAAUAUUCUUGGGACAUUAUGGAGCCAGUCACCUAUUUCAUCACCUAUGGUAGUGCCAUGGCAAUGUAUGCUUAUUUCGUAAUGACCCGCCAGGAAUAUGUUUAUCCAGAUGCCAGAGACAGACAGUACUUACUAUUUUUCCAUAAAGGAGCCAAAAAGACACGAUUUGAUCUAGAGAAAUACAAUCAACUCAAGGAUGCAAUUGCUCAGGCAGAAUUGGAUCUUAAGAGGCUUCGAGACCCACUGCAGGUUCAUCUGCCCAUCCAGCAAAUUUCUGAAAAGGACUGAUCAGCAGAGAAGCUCUGAACCCCGGCCAAAAACCUGUUCAUAGCUCUUGCCUUUUUUAAUUAAAGCAUUGCAGGUGGAAGCUGGGAGGUGGUGUGGGGGGUGGAGGGUUUUUACCUUUAAUCAAGACAAAGGACUGUAAAGGAGGGGGGGAAUCUCUUAAAUCUGAAGAUGGGACGUUGUGGAAUGUUAAUUCUGAAAAGGGCUUGGUAAAUAGUCACAUUUUACAAACUGUCUGAAUGGCGAUUGUGUACAAAUACAGGAUUGGGGGGUUCAUGAAAAGAAUGUAAUGCUGGGGUGGAGGGGUGUCUUCUUCCAGCUUUGCAGGGUCUGCCUCUUGAUAAGACACCAGCAGCCUGCUUAGCUUUUUAAAUUUUCCUUUACCUGAUUCCAAUCUCUCUCUCUCUCUCUCAAAACAAAAAAACAACCAAAAACAACAAAAGGAGACAAAAAAAAAAAAAAAAAGAACAAAGAA